AUGCGCAUUCUUUCCCUGCUUCUUGGGUUUACUUGUGUUCUAAUCUUUAUGUGUAUGAAAAAGGAGUUGAAAAAGGAUACCAUUCCAAUAAUUCCUACACGAUUAGUAAAGAAGAAAUCAGGGCAUGUUCCAUAUGAAGAGGAAUCCUGUGAUAUUGAAACUGAACAAUAUCAUCUUCAACACAAAAAGAAAGAUAAUACAAAUCUGUUUAAGAAUUUUUCACCUAUUGGUGGGUCGGAUUGGCGAUUUCAAACCACUGUGCACUGCGUGGAUUGGAAUGAAACCUUUUUCACUAAAUCUAAUAAAGAAAGAAAACAGUUGAUUCCUGGAUGCUCCGAAGAUCAUGUUUAUUUGGAAUCAACCAACAAUUCAGAAUCUUCUCCCGUGUAUAAAUUUCCAGAUGAAUGCCUUAAAAGGGUCAUUACUAAAUUCUGCACACACGAUCUCAUUGUUCCAAAUAUCGUUCACUACAUAUGGUUAGGAAAGCGUGAAUUUGAGUUCAUUUAUUUUGUGAGCUUCUAUAGUACACAUAAAUACCAAAAUCCAUGUUUAAUUUUUCUUUAUUUUGAUGUUUUACCCUUCGGGAAGUGGUGGAACUUACUUCUAAAUAUUGUUAGAAACAUCGUUUAUGUUAAAAUAAUACCACCAACCGAAAUUUCAGGAAAGAAGAUCAGUUGGGUGCAGCACAAGGCUGACAUCAUGAGACUGAGAAUAUUAAGAGAAUACGGUGGCAUAUAUAUCGAUACAGACCAAUACGUCCUCAGAUCACUUAAUCAAUUCAGAAAUCAUGAUUGUACCAUGGGAACGGCACAUGAUCAAUCAAUGGCUAGCGCAUUGAUAUUUGCGGUGAAAAACGCUACAUUUAUUAACCUCUGGAUUGAUAGUUACAGAAACUACAAUCCAAACAUAUGGGGAGGAAACUCUGUAACAAUGGCAAGAAAACUCUCUCUUAGGUAUCCACAGUAUAUCUGUGCCUUUGAACAUCACUGCCUUUUUUUUCCACACGGGAAUGUUUUGUAUAACCAGAAUUACAAAUGGUCACACAGUUAUGGGCUUCAUCUGUAUGGCAGAAGAGAACGGAGGGGGGAAGUUAGUAAAUGGAAUUUAGUUACAAUAGGAAAAUUAAACAAUACAGUUGGUUCCGUUUUCAGAUAUAUUCUGUUUGGAAGCAAAGAACUGUGCAAAUAGUCCGGGGAAGCACACUGCAGUUUGAUUUUUCUUAAACAUAGGACGUGUGCUUCAGACAUACUUUUAUCUUCGUUUUCAGAAGUUCAUAAUAAACAUCAUUGAAAACUGAAUACCGGUUCCUUCCGCUGUUGCAGAGAAAAGAAUAAGCAGGUUUGAAGUGAGAUUCACAUCAAGAAAUGGGGUAAAAUAUAUGUUGUACAAAUCUUACCCCCUGAAGAUUUUAUCAUCCUCAUAAAGGACAAACAGAAUAUGUAUGAGAGGGAAGCCUUUUUUGUAGUUGAACAAUGUUCAAUUUCCCUUGAUCACCAGACACUUUUCUGCGCAGUAACCCGUAAUACUAUGUAUCGUAAUCGGUGUUCAAUGUAGGUAUGUUUAUUCUUCUGAUUUUUCUUGAUACAUGUACAUGUAUAAACA